UUCUAAUAGGAUGCUUAUUUAUGGAUGCCGUACAUUUUUGGCCAGGAGAAUUUUUACCGACAUCUUUACCUUCCAUAGUACCGAUUCCUUUGCCUCCAGUUAAAUGUAACGUAAUUGAGCCACGCUGGUUUGAUAACAGUUAAAUAUGAUUUGAACAGAUUUUUCGACAUAAGAUUGUAUUUUAAGAAAUUAAUGUAAUUCCAAAAUGUGAAAUAAACUUAUUAUCGUUAUCAUAUUGAAAAAAAUAGAGAAUGCUUUACUAGACAUGCGCCUGUCUAGUAAACAGUGAACACGAAACGGAGUAGAUAAUUUAAAGAAAUUUUAUUUACGUUUUUUACUAGGAAAAUGUCAAAUCACAAUUUAUUCCUUAAAUAUGGAUAUUUAAAGCCACCUUUUGGCCUAGGUAUUGGACGCUAUGUAUGCCAGCUUCAAAGGGUUACAUUAAAGUUUUGUAAAAGCAACGGUGGUAGUGACGGAGUUAGGAAGUUUUUGGAAAAUGAUUUAAUCGAUUUUGCGAGAGACAAUCCUGGAGUUGUAGUGUACGUUAAACCAAGGAGACACAGAGUUCCAGUUAUAAAAGCAGAAUAUUUAAAUGGAGACACACAUUGGAUGUGUGUUUCCAAUUACAGUCGUGAAGAUAUUGUACAAUGGAUGCACCUAUUGAAGACACAAUUUCAUGAUGGAUCUGCUAUGCGAUUAUUAAAAUUGUGGCGUACAGAUUUCCCCUCUAUUCAAGGACCUUGGACACCGUUUACUUUUACAAAACCCGAAAUGAAUCAGGCAGAAUUCCCUAAUGAAAAGCUUGGUGCACAUAUCAGAGAUGUACCUACAGCAACAGAAGAAUUGAUUAGAUUAUUCAAAGAGCAGCAAGAAGCUGAGAAACUACGAAAAGAAGCAAAAAAGGCUGAAGAAAGUAUUGGUUAAAUAAUCAUUUCAAUUAGUUUUAAUACUUUACUGUAUAUAAGCGAAUAGUGUGAAUCAAUUUAUGAAAGUAGAUAUAUUAAAGUCUUCAAUUAACAGAA